UAAACAAAGACGCACUAGCCAGUCUUCUAGCUGCCUCGGAUUUAAUAGUAAAAUGGCACAGCGGUUGGGUCGGUUGAAACGAGAAUGCCAGCAAUUACAGCAGUCUCCCCCAGCUGGUGUGUCAUGUUGGCCUGAAGGAGACAAACUUGAUGUGUUCAGUGCAGUAAUUGUUGGAGAUGAAGAUACAGUGUAUGCUGGAGGGAUGUUCAAACUUGAAGUGGAAGUCCCUGAAAGAUAUCCAUUCCUCCCACCUAAAGUACGGUUUCUGACAAAGAUAUACCACCCCAAUAUUGACUCUGCAGGAAGAAUUUGCUUGGAUAUACUAAAGCUACCGCCAUCAGGAAGCUGGCGACCAGGUCACAACUUGGCGAGUGUCCUAACUUCUAUACGUCUGCUCAUGGCUUCUCCUAACCCACAUGACCCAUUAAUGACCGAAAUCGCAGAAGAGUAUCCUAAAAAACCACAGUAUGAAGCAACAGCUAAAGAUUGGACAUUUAAAUAUGCUAAAAAUACAGUGAGUGUUUUUAAAUUUUUCAAAGGUUCUAGUGUGGAGCAAAUAAGGCUGUGCAAAUUGUUUUCUACAUGUUUAUCCAUCCAGAUCCUGGAUUAUUCCUUUUUAUAUCUGCUUGUCUUUCAUAAGCUUUCUUUGCUUACUCAAAAAAACUAAAUCAACAGAUAUUUG